CUCUAGCCUACUAUUUCUCCCUAAAAAGACCAGUGCUAAAAGAAAACAUGAGAUUUCUGACAGCUGUGUGUUACUUUGUUCUGCUUUCCACCUGGCUGAAACAUGGAGCAUUAAACGAAAUCAGGGAAUCUAAAUCAAAAAAAGAUGCUUCUCUAGAGGUCCGGCCAGACAGCAGACAACAUCUCAGAGGGAAAGAGUUCACCCUUCACUGCUCAGUAAAUGGUGGGAAUUCAACUGGCUGGAUACUGAGGAGGCUUCAAGGAGAUCAAAAGGACUCUGGAUGUUUGUACUUGAAUGGUACAAAAUCUACAGACAAGCCUGAAGAAUGUCAUUUCAGUGACAUUGACAGUAAGAACAAUGGACUGUACUGGUGUGAGAGUCUGUCUGACAACAAGACAAGCAACACUGUCAACAUCACCGUGACCCGGAAGGACAUCAGUUCCAAAAGUGAAGUGACCCUUCUGAGCACAGUUAAUCCAAUGACAAAAGAUAACUCCACGUCUGAUUCGGAAGAAGAAAAUCAAUCAGGAUUGUUUGCCUGGGUGUCGGGGCUUUGUAUGUUAUUGGUUCCUCUGGUGACUGUUCCUGUGCUCUGGAUAUUCUUUCCAAGUUUCAGAGAGAAAUUGUAUGCAUGCACAAAUGGGGCAUAUAGAAGGGAAAGGGUCCAACAGGAAAUGCCAAAAACCAAGCAGGACGCGACUGAAAUCCAAUGGGACCUUCCCUGGAUGGAGAUGGACAAUUUGUUGGGCAAGCAACAAAAUGCCGGCCGCUGAAUCUUUCCUCAAAAUAAAGUGGAUAUUGAUGGAUACACA